UCCCGCCCCUCGGCCGCUCCUUCUGUCUCGCCCGAGUAACUGGCUGUGACAGAUACGGACUGACUGGAGCCCAACUAACCUGCAGCGCUUCAGUCCCUCUAGGCCGACCGCGGCUGCGUUUCAUGGCGCCCCGCCGCCGCCGCUGACGCACAUGGACAGUGCUGAAGAGAAGCCCGCCGCCGUCAUCUACGCUAUGGAGAACAAACCCAUCGUCACAUGUGCCGGGGACCAGGCCUUGUUCACGUCUCUCUACACCUCCCUGGCUCAGCAGCUUCCCCGGGAGCCCAUGGAGUGGAGGAGGACGUACGGGCGCGCUCCAAAGAUGAUCCACCUGGAGGCCAACUUUGUGCAGUUUAAGGAGGAGCUGCUACCCAAGGACGGCACCAAGGCGCUGCUCACCUUCCCCUUCCUGCACAUCUACUGGACCGACUGCUGCGACUCGGAGGCGUACCGGAGCUCGGUGAAGGAGGACGUGAGCCGAUGGCAGAGCAGCUUGCGGAGUCACGGCUCGGCCGACUGGCUCAUCAUCGUGGUGGACGGCGGCGACGCGCGCAAGAAGAACAAGAGCAACAUCCUGCCCCGCUCGUCCAUCGUCGACAAGAUCCGCGGCGACUUUUGCAACAAGCAGAACGACAGGUGCGUGGUCCUGUCGGACCCGCUGAAGGACUCGUCGCGCUCUCAGGAGUCGUGGAACUCUCUGCUGCUCAAGCUGAGGACGCUCCUGCUCAUGUCGUUCACCAAGAACCUGGGACGCUUCGAGGACGACAUGCGCACCCUCAGGGAGAAACGCACCCAGCCCGGAUGGAGCUUCUGCGAAUACUUCAUGGUCCAGGAGGAGCUGGCGUUCGUCUUUGAGAUGUUGCAACAGUUCGAAGACGCGCUGGUGCAGUACGACGAGCUGGACGCGCUCUUUACGCAGUACGUCCUCAACUUCGGAGCCGGAGACGCCGCCAAGUGGCUGGGCUCCUUCUGCUCUCCGGUGCUCAACUGGAGCGGUCUGCUGCUGCGCCGUCCCAUCGACAUGGAGAAGCGCAACGCCAUCCAGCGCGGCUCGGCCAGCCUCCUGGACAUGCGCAGCUACCUCUUCUCCCGCCAGUGCACGCUGCUCAUCUUCCUGCAGAGGCCCUGGGAGGUCACCCACCGGGCCCUGGAGCUGCUGCACAAUUGCGUCCAGGAGCUGCGGCUGCUGGAGGUGCCGGUGCUGGAGGGGGCGCUGGACUGCUGGGUGUUCCUCAGCUGCCUGGAGGUUCUGCACCGCAUCGAGAGCUGCUGCGACCGGGCGCAGCUGGCCGCCAACAGCUCGCACACCGUGGGAUUGUGGGCCUACGCCACCGACAAGCUCAAGUCUCUGGGUCAACUGUGCGGGCUGGUGUCCCGCACGGGUCCAACCUCAGAAGACUUGAACAGGACGGUGGACCUGCUGGCCGGUCUGGGGGAUGAGCGGCCAGAAACCGCGAGCAGUCUGCAGAGUCCCUACAAGAAGCUCAAAGAGGCCUUGUCGUCCGUGGAAGCGUUUGAAAGGCAUUACCUGGAGCUGUGCCAGGCGGCCAUGGAGAUGUACCGGGCCAUCGGGAGACUGCGCUCCGCCCGGCUGCUGGGAAAAAGUCUGGCCGAAUAUUACAUGAGCAAGGGCGAACCCGAGCAAGCCGAGGCGUUGCUGGCCGAGGCUCUGCGUUCCUACGUCUGCGAGGGCUGGAGCUUUCCGGUCACCCACACCAGGAAACAGAUGGGCGAGUGCCAGAAGCUGCUGGGACGAAGCGUGGACUCCCUGCAGACCAGCGCCUUACUGGCGGGCGACACCAACCUGACCACGGAGGAGCGGACGCGCUUCUGCGGCGACGUCCUCAACUACGCCGGGGAGCCCGUCGAGCAGGGGGGGGCGGCCUCCGCCAAGGCCUCGCUGGACAUGGGCGCCUUCGCGCGGCUCACGCGGAUCCGAUUCCGGCCGGACGGCGCCACCGUGCACUCGGGUGCCGCCCUGCAGGUGGAGCUGACGCUGCGUUGCCUGAUGCCCGCGGCCGUGCGCGCGGACGAGCUGGCCGUCGGCAUCCACCUGGACGCCGAGCACGCCUCCAAGGGGGGCGCUCAGGGGCGCGGCCUCCCCGGGACGGUGGAUUUCGAGGCGGCCGUCUCUCCGGCGGGGCGCCCGGCCUCCCUGAGCGCCGGCCCCCCGCCGGAGAUGGACGAGGCGCACGACCGCAGCCCUUCGGACGAUUCGCUCAGCUCGGCGGGCGUGGUGUGCAAAAACGCCCACCUGGUCAUACGCCGCCACGACAGCGGCUCGCCUCAGGACGCCCCCCGGACCCCCCGCGGCCACGCGGCCCCGAUCGGCGCCGCGCCCGCGACGCCCGUGGCCCUGAAGGAGGGCGCGCGGAUGCUGACGGGGCGGCGGAUCGCGCUGGAGCCCGGAGACAACAGCGUUGUCCUCACCGCACCCAGCGACGAGCCGGGCACCUACACGCUGCGGCAGCUGUCCGUCACGUUGGGCAACGUCAACUUUGUCCUGCCCCACAUCUACCCCUCGGUGCAGUACCACGUCUACUCUCAGGAACCGCAGCUCACCGUGCAGCCGCUCGCAGAGCCGCUGCUGGCCGGCCUCCCGCAGACGGUGAAGUUCACCCUGCUGACGGGCCACUACGCCGUGAGGAAGGGCGACGCCCUGCAGCUCAGCAACAGCGACGGCAUGCCCGUUCUGGCCAACGCCGGCUGCACCGCGCGCAUCAGCAACAGCGGCGCCGCGGUGUCGGAGAGCGCGCUGUCGGUGCAGUCGUCGGACAAGGUGACCAGCAUCAGCCUGCCGCCCGCCCCUCCCUACCACGCGCUGGAGUUCCACCUGGAGGUCCUGUGCCUCAUCCCGUCGGGGCCGGAGCGGACCGCCGACGAGAGGCUGACCAACGGCGAGGUCCGACACCGGCCGCGCAGCUACAGUCACCCCGACACGGCCAUGAGCGCCAUCGAUCAGAAGAUGUCCAUCGACUGCCCGUGGUCCAUCUACUCCACCCUGCUGACCCUCACUUUCCACAUCCCCUUCAAGACGGAGCACUCGCUGCUGUCUGCCGGAAACAGGAAGUUCAUCCGGGUGUGCGUGCACAACGUGUCGGAUUCUGACUUCACGUUGGCCCACGUCAAACUGGCGGAGAAAAAUGGGCCGCGGCAAGACGGGCGGCGGCGGGCCUCUCUGGAGAUGCGAUCCCUCAACGCCACCGCCGAGCAGUUGUUGUGCAGCAAGCGGAGUGUGCAUUGUCUGUGGGAGGCCACGUGCAAGGAGGAUCUCCCGUCCAGUCUGGAGUGCGUCUUCUCGGCGAGCUUCUGUCCCCGCCGGCCCCGCCACGCCGCCGCCUUCCAGCUCUUCCACUACAACUUCCUGUUGGACAAAGUGCCGACCUUGUACAGCGUGAGAGCCAACAUGCUUCCGCUGGCGGGCGAGCGUCAUUGCCGCUCCGGCUCCCUCUGCGGUCUGGAGGUGGUGAUUGCGCGCCUGGCCGAGCCCGCCGAGGGCCAACCGGACGUCGACGGCGGCGGAACGGACGCCGAUGGCCUCGGGGGCAGCAAAGUCCUGUACGAAGUGGCAGACAGCAGCAGUAACUGGGCAGUGUGCGGUCGGAGUUCCGGCUUGGUGUCGAUGCCGUCGUCGGGCAGUUGGGCGCACAAAGUCCACAUCGAGGUCAUGCCGCUGUUCGCCGGCCAUCUUCCCUUCCCCAAGAUCAAAGUCCUCAAGUAUCUUCCUCACAACGUCAACACCAUACAGCCAGACGCUGACAGCCAGGUGGAGAACGACAGCCUGUCUCUCCUGGACAAGACUUUGGACGACGCCACGGCGGACACGGCCAGCGUGCGCAGUCGCGGCAGCGUCCAAUCGCUGGGCGAGCAGCAGCACAGGGGCGUGGCCCUGCCCCGCCUGGACCCCUUCAGUCCCGGUCAAGUCUUCAACCACAGCCACGCUCGACAAGUCCUGGUCCUGCCCGCCAACGACGACCACAUUGUGGAGGUCCACGCCACGUGACCGCGCCGCGACCGCAGGUAACACCCC